AUGAUGGACAAGUACGUAAAGGUACCAAGGGUGGACAACAACAAGGUUGAGCCGAAUGAGAUCAGACUGUCAUACACAAGGAAGGUUAGUCCUGCAAUUGAACAUGGACUCAACUUGUUUGCCAAGGGAGAGAACACAGUAUUUAUGAAGGCUGUAGGAUCAAGCACAAUACCAAAGGCUAUAUUGGUCACUGAGAUGAUCAAGAGACGUGUGGCCGGCAUACAUCAGGUCACAGAGGUUGGAACUGAGGACAUCGUCACAAAGUAUCUGCCAAAGGAGGAAGGAUUGGAUAUAGUAGAGAUGAGGAAGCAGACACCAUUCAUUAGGAUUACACUCUCAAAGAUACAACCAGACACUACACAGUUGGGUUACCAACCUCCACAGCCAGAGUCAAUGGUUCAGCCCAGGGACGCCAAACCAAAGACCACUUCCACCACAACAACUACAACUGACAACAGUGGAGGUAGCAGUAGCAGUAGUGGUGAUCAGCAAGAGGUACAACACCACAAUGGAGGAGCAAGAGGCAGUGGAUAUAGAGGAAGAGGCAGAGGUGGACGCGGUAGAGGAAGAGGUGGUCGUGGCAGAGGUGGAAGAGGUGGAAGAAACUUCAACUCCAACGAUGGCAACAACAACAACAAUGAGAACGAUGAUGGUGAUGUCACAAUGGACAAGCAACAAACAGAAGGUGGCAACAGAGGUUCCCAUAGAGGUGGACAAAGUAGAGGCGGCUCAAGAGGAGGCAGAGGAGGAAGAGGAGGAAGAAGAGGAGGACUCAAGCGACGUUCAAUGGACAGGAAUGGUGAUGAUACAUCAAUGUCAGAGGGCCAAUCAAAUUGA